AUGUCGUGGAAGACAGAAGUAAGUACGGGAUUUUUUGUUCAGCCAUAAAAAGACAUUCAGAUGAAGGAAAGGCAGUGAAUUUUGUCUUAAUCUAAUUCGUUAAUUAGAAAAUCGUCUGGGCAAAUGGAAGGGUUUUGAAAAUGUGUUGCUUGCACCUUCCAUAAUACAUGACUGCAGACUAGCAAUAGGGCUUGCUCUGAUUCAAUGCACCGGACACUAAGUCUUCUCCUAAUAUGAAAUUUGCGAGUUCCCAACACAGUUUGCCUCUAAAGCCCUACCACCACAGCCGACACGAUACAACAGUUCAACGUCGUUGCCGACGAUGUUCUUCCUGACCUCCAUAGCAGAGUGGCUUGCACGCGAUAGUGGGCUUGUGCAGCAUCUAGCGCACUGUCUCUUCCCCAUUCCUCACAUGGACCCGGUGUCAAGACAGAGUCAAAAAGACAGGAGGCGGAUGAGAGAGUACAGGUAGCUGGCGCUACGAAAACCCGCACCCAGGCGUACUAUCACACUCCUUGGUCCACAACGUACAUCUGACCAGAAUUUUAGGGGGGCGGCACGAAUCACACUGAGCACGGCGUAAGCCUGCAAUUAGACCUGCCACCACACGCUGAAUAUUGACAGUUGGGUAAGGAUCUAGUGAAGGCCCCCCAGUGACACCAACUAGCCACAGCCGCCUCUCCUAUGGGAAUGGCUGUAAUAGGGGUUUUGCGGAUGGGACAUCGUAAUGGUAUGUUAACUGUCAAAAAAUGAGGAAAGUGAGUUAAGUGCUUCACAGUUUGACUCAAAACUCAAAAUACCCUUAAAUAUAGCAACGAAAACAAUUCACACGAUGCUGCCCUAGGUGUCGCAACACAGUCAACGGUAGGUAGUGCUAAGGCGAAGGACAUAAUCCGCGAUAGAGUAAUAAAGUGCGACCCCCGUUUCUCAACUCUCUGAGCUAAGGUCAUGCUCAGUUAAACAAUGGGAAAUCAGAUGAUAGCCUCCCAAUCGAAUGUGCAAGAGUCUACGAGGAACGACCAUGUUUAGGAGAGUAUCGAAUAAAACACGACCCACUUAAACACGUACGGUAGGCAUUCUUUGUACGCCGUAGAUACUUGGGACCUUCACUAGAUCCUUACCGACAUUUGUUGUGGGCGCGCAUUCCCAAUAAAGUCUGCCAGACUCCGAUCUAACUCUCGUGUUGGGCCAGUGCAUUUACCGCGUGACCUGUUUUAGGGGCACAACCGUCGCUUCGGUCAAUACCCACCGUGCGUACCACGUCAGGGUGGGUACAGUGACGGUGACCCGGACGUGAAUUACUUUAUAAUGGAAGUGAACUUUCGAUGUAUCUACCUCACUCUCCCUCUCUUCCCUCACCCCCCUUGGUCCGGUGUCAGGUGGCUGACGCGGUGUGGCCAUCCACAUGGACGUGACAUCGCACCCCCCAAGCAUGGCAUUUGUUAUGUGUGCGCGGACCAAUAACGUGUGCCGUACUGUGAUCUGGCUCCCGCAUUGGUCCAGCGCAGCUUCCGCGUGGCCUCCCGCCGCCACCAUCAUUUAAAAAUGCAUUCACGGGAUUUUCCAUUAAAUUCCACUGCAUCGAUCUGUCCUGCAUUAUCUGGUUUUCAAUUUGUCUAUCUUUCUUUUCUUGCAGUCUACUUUCUUCUCAGAACAUCGCGAAACACAGGCGAGACUUACUGCGGAACGAAACUCUGUCCUAGAUCAGCAACAACGACUACGCGCCGACCAAAUGAGCUGGCAGAAACGCCAGGAGGAAGAGGAGGCUCGGAUAAACAAGGUUAUCUCCAGUUAAAACAUAAUUCCUACUCACAUAUUCCCGACCCCCAUUGUAGGGAGGUGGGAUGUAUAUUCUGCCAUUAAAAUCCCAACGGCUGAGAAACUUGUCCCCACUUUUACCUCGCAGAUAGGCUAUUCCGAUUCCCAAAUAUUAAACAUGACGGUGGUGUAAUCCUUCGGUUACUUAUCAAGUUCUGCCCGCAUAUUGACUGAUCAGAAGCUCGGUAUUGGCAGUUGUUUUGGAGCAUUCUUAACUAAAUAAUAGUUGAGUGUCCCUCUAACCAACCAUCAUUGAGGUGCUUAAGUCACUGGGGUAAGCGUGUUAGUGCUAGUUCAUAAUGAUUGGUCAGUUCUAGAAUUACCUUUUUUCGUGGAUUUUAGAUGAAAGAAGAGACUACGGCAGCUAAAGAGGCGUUCCAGAUGGAGCUGCGCACCCUAGAUGAAAGAAUGCACCAAAUCCGUGUUAAUGAAGUGAAACUUGGAGAGACGCAACGUCACCUUGACAUCAUUCGGUCAGUUGCUGUUUUCUUCUUUAAAACUGGUUCAGCCUGUCCACUUCGAAUUGGAAAUAUGGCAUGAGUGAUGGUCCGAUGCACAAAGCGGACACCGCAAUUUAUCUUUUAGUAGGGUUCCUUGUGACCCUGCUUGUGAAUCUACCAGAAGAAGUUUUCACCGGGAAGACACAAGAAUUCUAGACCACUUAUGAAACCAUCGCUUCUCCGCAGGGUGAUUUUGACGGCACUGAAAUGUAAGGUAAUAUCUUGAUAUGGGAAAAGAUUCGAGAUUCGAAAGGUAAUACCUAUAGCGCUGAAAGUAUAGUGACCAUAAUGACAGCGAGGGUGAUCACGCCAAUAAUUGGGAUUCUUAUCAUCAUUACAACAGGGGUGAUGAAGACGGUGCCGAUUUUACUGGUAAUCAUAGUACUACCAGGGCGACAACGGUGAAUAUGGAAGAAAAAUCGGGCCCUGUGGCAGUCUGUUUCUAUGACCACAGUCACCAACUCACGUAACCCGCCAUAUGCUUAAAACAGUUAUAUUUAUUGUCUACUGCAUUAGGUUAGUAGCUGUAGUUGCAUAUUUUAAAUUUCUUUAGAAAACAAUUGCUUCCUUAGGGUUAAUCAGUCCAUUUGCGACCUUAAGGCCAGACUGAAAUUUGGUGUGGAUAUUUGGAUCGAAGUCCAUCAGCCGCAGCUAGCUUUUAGCCGGUACCUCUGCUGUAUGAGCCAUGUUUGCUGGUGGCUGUUAUGGAUGGCACGCGGUUAUUCCGCUGGAGUUGAUGGACUUCAGCCCAAAUAUUCAUAUCGACUUCCAGUCUCAGCCCAUAAGUUUCAAAUAAACUGGCUUACUCCAAGGUAGCGAUUAAUUUCUCGGGAAAUUAAAAAUCUACAAUUCUAAAGCUGUGAUAUCUUUCAGGAAGCACAUACAGUGGGUGGUCGAUCUCAUGAAAUGUUGGUCGAGAUUCUGAAAUGCGUUUUCGAUUAAGAAGGAUUACUUAGGUGGGGUUGUAAAAUUAAUUAUCAUGCGACGUAAUCCUAUAAUAUUUCAGACUUGCCAGUCUGUCAGCCUUUCGAUGCACUUCUUUUCGUCCGCACUCGGUAGAAAAUGACUGCUUAUUCAUCAUGUACCUUUCGUGCUGAUUUUUGAUGAACUUAUAAAUUCAAAUAUAUUUUAACGGAAACAUAUGCAAAGUACGCUUUCUUUUACUCGUUUGGCAGAAAAUCGCGUUGUCUUUGCAUUUUAUACCCGACGAAAGUGUAUAUUUCGGUUUUGAAAAGGUUUCCUAAUUCCCGAAAAAUUUUGAGCUUAAUCAGUCGCUGCACUAGCAUUUAGCGAUUUCAGUCUACGAAGUGCAUGCUUUCCGCGCAAGAGAAAGCAUGUUUCUCUAUGCCUUUAAGAAGAUGCCAUAUAGAGUUCAUGCAAUUUUGCAAUGAACGCGGACUAUGUUGUACAUUUCCUGCGCCUUUUCAACCGUUUAUUUUGCAUUUUCAUUUAACUGGCGGUCGUUCACUAGUUUUGUAUUUCCUCGAAAUCACUUGAAUCGGUGAUUUUUCGUUAAUUUAGGCACUUUUCAUUACUUUGACCACAAACUGGAAGUUGCCUCUUUAAAAGCUGCUUCAACUUGGUAUUUUGACGAAUGUCUACAUACUUUAUCUUCUUUCCAAUCGGGUUUUUAAAAAUUGGAAUGUUUCAUACUACCAUUUCAUGUGUCACGUCUUAUGGUCAGUUAGUUGCGAGUUUACAUUUGGUGGUACUGAGGAAAAAGCCAAUACCGAUGGUGCGAUGUAUCAAACAACAGUAAAAACAGUAAAUAUGUUCACGGCACCUGUGAAGUUUAACUCGAGUGGGAUGGUAAAGCAGAAGCUCAGAUGUGGUUACGCAGCCGCACUUAAGGUAGACCGCUGUCUAGCUCAGACGGAAUAAGCCUACGAACGAGAAAUCGUUAUCCUGUAGUCCAGGGCCAAGCACUCUAGGUCCGCAUUCAACCGUCCAUCAGCGCUUUUCGCUGAAGCCACCGAAAAUCUCCAACGGGCGUAGACCGCUGAUGACUUCAUGCAUCAGUCUUUCCUGUAGAUAAUAGCCGGAUUUUUGCAGGAAACGUUCAGAUGAGAAGCACACACCCCGAAAUCUACUAACGUGGGGCCGUAAACUCCCAACCAAGCCUACUUCACUAUUUCACGAGAUUUCAGGAAUGUAGUUAUUGCUCAUCCGUACAACCGCAAAGAAAACGGGCGGUCAGAUGUGGUUAUGUAGCCCCACCUGAAGCAAACAAACCCAAGUCACCUGUAAUACGGGAUUGAUGGUAAUAGGGGUUUUUACAUGUGGGGCCAGGAACGCACAGGCGACGGGGCCGAGUUACUAUGCAAAAGAAAAGUUAUUGGAAAUUCGCGGUUGUACUUUGAGUAGUUGAGAAAUGGUUGCCCUAAUCCCUAAUCGUAACCUCCAAACCUAGCCACUAACUCUAACGCCUAACAGUAUUGUGUUCAUCAGGUGUGGCUACAUAACCACAUCUUACCAAGCAGUACAUAUUGGUUUGAUUAUCCCCGCCAAACGAGUUGAUUAUAGAAUAAAAUCGGGAUAUACCUGUUUUCGCAAAGAUGCUACGUUUCCGGCGGAUACAAUGUACUUUGUUCCACACAUAUCUUAAGCUCUGGGAAUGUUCUUUACUAACUUUGCCUGGUUUUGGGGCAAAUGAUGGGAAAAUAGGUCUACAAUGGUCACUUGCUAGUGGCACCACUUCCCAAUGUAUGUCCGUUAUUAAUUGUCGUAACCUAAUUGAUAAUUAGCCUGUUUUACUGUGUCUGGGUGAUAGAGCAGGCUUUAGGGACUGUGUUCGUAUGCUAUGCCAUAAUUCAGCAAACUAUGGCCCUCGCAGCCCGGCGUGCGCUGGCUCUUCUCUGGUACCUGACUCCCUGUCGGUGGAUGCGCUUUCUCUCCCGCUGAGUAUAUAAGCCGUGUGCAUGGUCACCCAGAGGCUUGUGUUAUUCUCUCCUCCUUGUGACCCAUUUUUUUGUUGGUUAAAAUCCUGAUCAAGUGUUUGUUGUGGACCAGGAGGUGCGGUGGUAGGCCUAGGUGCGGGCCCGGCCGUAUCAGGGUGCGUUAGAUGCUUUGCAAGUCCACCCUCAUCAUAAAAUAAUUCACGCACAUGUCACCGUGCCUGUUCUCACCUUGCCGUGGAGCACACAGUAGGCAUUGUCGGCAACGGCUGUCGGACUGUCGGGUGUUAGACUUAGGCGUCUGUACCAGAUCCUAUUUGGUAAGAGACACCCACUCGCUCAACCUACUACGGAAAGCAGUCUGAUAUGCCUCAGGGUCAGCCAUCUCGCUACCGAAGGCCCAAUUGCGUUUUUUUUCACAUCAGAACGGACGGCUCGAUUUUUUUGCCCAAUUACCAGCACUGUCCCACACAGUUCUGCCCUAGGUCUUCUAGCCUCCAGGAGCAUUCAUGCUCGCGCCUCUCUGUUGUUGCUGUCUUUUAAAAGAAACGACUUGGCCAAUAAAGAGACCGCGGUGACCGAGAAGAUGGCGGAGCUGGAUCUGCGAGAACAGGAUCUUGCUACGCGACUGGGAACGCUGAAUGGAAUGCAAACAGCGGUAGCGGAGGUCGAUGCGCGCUGCCGUCGACUACAGGAGGAACAGUCGCGCGCCCAGACUGAACUGACUGCCCAGCGGAAGGAAGUUGAAGAGACCGAGCGUCGACUGGCUCAGGUUCGUGAUCUAGGGCGAGGGAAAUGGUUGCUGUCCCCUCUUGAUUAAGUGGCAUUUUUCGAACGUAAAAUCCUUGUAGGUACAUCUUAUGACUUCUCUGUUUUCAAAGCUUUAAAACGAUGCCUUUUGUAAUUGCCCUUUCAGGAAAAACAGGAACUGGAGAGACGGGAAGAAGAGUUUGAGAAAAAACUGAGGGCAGAGCGGAAACUGGUGUGUUCUCGAUGCAAGCAGCCGGUAAGGAAAGUCCCAAAUCGAGUCGCUACCAAUGGUAGGAGUAAACAUGAUCAGUCAACGGACGAUGAGCAACUUACAACGAAAAACGGCAGAGCAAAGAUCCGAUGGGCGCAAGGUGAACCUUUUAGCUGCACCGAUGGUACCAUUGUUCUACACAUCGAUGACUACUGCAAAUUUGUGUCUUUAUUGUAGCGCGAAAUCCAGACGUUCUCCAAGCCACGAUGCAAGCAGCACUUGAUGUGGAGCCGGAAGCAGUUAAAUUAGUAGACGACAUAUCUAACGAAUACUCGCGCGUCCGUGUUCUGGAACAGCUUCGACAAGAGUUGGUUAAGGUUGCUUUACUUAUACCUGUCUACUAUUUUAUAAAUAGUACGGUUUAAGUCUACAUUUUAUUUAAUUUGUUCUUUAGGAUGCCAAUUUCUUGGAGGAUGAAAAGGUAUUCUUGA